AUUCAGCGAGAUCGCGGGCAGCUGGAAGACAGGUUGAAUCUCACACAGCAUGCUUGAAAUAUUUUUCACUGUGAGGAAGAUAUGGUACAUGAUCAUUGCCGUUAUUGGUGUUCCCGUGAAUUUAGUGGCGAUUACGAUCCUGUCCCGGAGAAAGUGCGGCCUCUCCACCUGCACCACGCGGUACCUGGUGGCCAUGGCAACGGCGGAUCUACUAACCAUCAUCUUUGAUGUGACACUGUGGCAGAUCAGUUAUUAUUACUUCCCCGGGACUUUCCUGGACAUCACCCCCGUGUGCAGCGCGAUCUCUGCCCUGGCAGAGGCAGCCACUGACUGUUCUGUCUGGUUCACCGUCAUGUUUACAUUUGAUCGGUUUGUCGCCAUCUGUUGCCAGAAGCGGAAAGCGAAGUAUUGCACCGGGAAAACUGCGGCUGUGGUUCUGACGGCAACUGGCACUCUGCUCUGUUUCAUAAAUGUGCCCUAUUUCUUUAUAUAUCAUCCAGCGAAAGUGGUUGACAAUAUACCCUGGGACUGUAUUCCAAAACCAGGAUACUAUCAAUAUCCCGUGUGGGUUGGGUAUAGGUGGUUAGCUACCGUUCUAUCGCCAUUACUCCCGUUCGUGUUAAUACUGCUGUUCAACGCUCUGACAGUCAGACACAUUUUGGUGACUAGUCGCGUCCGUAAGAGGCUGAGGGGUCAAAGCAAGGCGGAGAACCGCAGUGACCCGGAGAUGGAGAGCAGGAGGAGGUCUGUGAUCUUACUUCUCACCAUCUCCGGAAGCUUCAUCAUCCUGUGGUCGGUGACUGUUGCCGAAUUCCUUUAUUACACCAUCGCCGGAUUGGAUCCAAAUAAUUACAACGAUUCGGAACAAAUAUUUGUUCAGUCCGGAUACAUGCUAGAUGAUCUGUUCCUGGCAGGGUAUGCUGUAGUAACUCCCCACGAGGUAACAGAAGCUUCCGCCUUGACAACAGGAUCAUCAGCGCAGGCGGCGGAACUCUCUGCCGUUACCCGAGCUCGCUUGCGUUUUGGCCGAAGGAAACGCUGCCGAUGUUUAUUCCGACUCACGUUAUGCGUUUGGGAAGCACAUGACUUUGAACAAUUGUGGGAAAAUAAAGCAUUCAUCAGCUCCUCGGGGAAAGCGAUUCAACACGCCUCCUUCGCACUGAACCCUUCAGAAGCUAUACAGUUGUCACAGACUUUAGUGAUAAUUAAGUGCGAGGCGCACACCUCAUCCCAGAAUGAGGUCUCCAAGAGAAAUGCAGACAUGGUAGCUAAACAGGUGGCCCUUCAGGGACAAACUGCGCUACAGACCCCUCGGGUUGAAUCGGGAGGGAAGGAGCUCCCUGUGUGUAUCGACGUCCAGCAGUUGCAGGAAGCCCAAAAUCUUGCCUCACUGGAAGAGAAAUGUGCCUGGAGCCGAUCUGCACGGUACCGGAAUACCGUGCUGUGGCGUCACCCAGACGGCCGAGUAUUGUGCCCGCAUAGUUUAUUUUUGCCCCCGGCUCGCCUGGCACAUGGCUAG